AUGGCCGCAGACGAGGUUCUGGGCGCGCUGCUUGGCGCAGACAAUCCAGAACAUGCACACAAGAUGGCUUGCAGCGUACAGCGGGACACGAUUGACGCAUACGCGCAAAUAGCGCUGAAAAAGCGGAUCGAUGCGUGCCUUUGCACGGCGCCUGCGAGGCAAGCAGUCGAGCCUCUGUGGGCCGUCGCAGCCGUACUCAUCGACUUGUACUUGGACACAUGUGGAUGGAGUGCUGCAGAGGCGCAUGGCACGUCCUGGAUUCAGCAGAUGCUUGUACAUACCGAGCAGACAUCUGCAUCCUUUGACGCAUCCGUCUUUGCAUCGCUCGCGCCGCUCCUGCGCUGUGUUCUUGUGCGGGUCAUGGGCCGUGAGAGCGCAGCUCACCCCGAGUAUUUCCGUGUAGUGGCCGCACCGCACAUUUCGCGCACCGCUGCGGCGCUCGCGCAGCUUUUUGCCGCUGCCGUACAAAGGUCUGUGCCGUGGAGCGCGCUUUGUGCACUGCUGCACGGCACGACGUGCCAAGUGUGUCUCUACGCGACGACGUACCGUGCCGUUGCAUCCAGUCUGCACGCCACGUGCAAUGUGCUCUUGUUUGGGCGGUAUGCCAGCAUCGAGAGCGCUGCACACGCCGCGCCAUUACCGGAUUCCGUGUGCAAAGACGCAACGGUGCUGCUUGCCUCGCUCGCGCGCACGGGCGCAGCGACGAAAGCGACGGGAAACAGUGUAUCUCAGGUCCAGCUGUGGAGCGCGACGGCGACGCAGCUGCUGGACGCCGCGGUACUUGCCGUGCAAGGAUGUGCGCCGUCGCUUGCUUGGCCGAUGACGGCACGGCACGGCGCGUUGGGCUGGGAGGCGUGUACGAGCGAUUACGCCGUGUGUAUUCCCGCAUGCGAAGCGCGCGUUGCGUGCCUUCUCGGCGACGAAACGCACCGCGGGGUCCUCGCGCACUUUUUUGCGACGCCGACGCCGCACCCCGUGCCUGUGCCGCUCGGCGCUGUACUUGCUCUGGUGCAUGCGAUGCUGCAAGCGCGGUACAAAGACAGCGACGCGCCCAUCGACCAGCUUCGUCUCGAGAGGCACGCCUUGGUUGUCUUGCACCGCACUGCACUCGUACUGCUCCCUCCCAUCGUCGAGCUUGGCGGCGCACACGCAUGGCGCUUUUUGCUAGGCGGUAUGCCAGUGCUUGACGACGUCGUAAGGCUUGCAGAGGCAGCGCACGGCAAAACGCGGAGCAUGGCGAUCCGCACACUUGCACUCCUGUUCACGCCUGGCCAGCUUGGCGCGUCACACAUGCCUGGACUUGCUGUCCCACUCGACCCCAACUCGCCGAUUGUGCAGCGCAUGGCACGGCUUGCGAUACAGGAUAUGAGCGCGCUCCUUCUCCCGGACUUGCCCGCCUCGACACACGUAUUUGAAAGCGAUGCCGUGGCGCUUGCUGCGCGGCCGGUACAGGACGCUGUGCUGGCCAAAUCAUCCACGGCAUGGAGCGCCGCGCAAGGUGCCGUGCAGCUUUUUUCUGCUCUAUUUCCGCGUGUGGCGUGCAGUGCAGCGCCUGGGAGUCGCGAGCUGCUGCAUACGGGCACCAUGGCGCUCCUGGGCCUUUCUGAGGCGCUUUUGCACGCACGCGUACUGUGCGCCGAGCAUACUGCCGCGCUCGAUCUGUGUAUUGCCUGUGUGGCUGCCAUUGCGACGACGGUAGUGUCCAAUGCCGGCGCACUGGUCACCUUUGUCCUUUCCCGCGCGCGUAUCAUGUUUCAGCUCGGCGCACACUCGAGCAUUGCUGUCGUGCGCGCUGCUUGCGAUGACGCGCUUGUGCGAAUGCUCCCCUUGUUUCGGGCGCGCGCGCCGCCCGUGUACGAUAGCGUGGAUUGCGCCGCGCUCGAAGUGUGCGAUACAGACACGGUGGUUCUUCCCAAGAUUGGCGCCAAACCUCUGCCGAUUGUCGAAGCAAUGGACCAAGCGCCGUGCGUGACUGAGCAAGACAUGCUGAUGCCUUGGACGGCUGACGGUACCGCGCGGCCGAUCACCGCUCCGCAGACGGCCGUGCCGUUUUCUGCACCUUCGCCGUGUUCCAUCCCCGCAAACCUACCCACUUCGCCGCACGAGUCGCCGGUGGUGGAUUCUGCGUGGGUUGGUGUACAAGCGAGCGAUUCUGAGGAAGAGAUGCCGCAGCUUGAUCUCGGUGCUGAUACAUAG